AGUCUGAUUCGGACGGGUUCUGGGCCCUGUCGUGACUGUGGGAGGUGCACUUGAGGGUUCUUCUGCCCACCCACGCAAUAUUCGCGCAAUAUUUAAGCUUAGCAUUUGCGUGAUUGCUCGUGCACUGUGCUUCUGAACGUUCAACUGAAAAUGCCUCUUGCGAUUGUCCUAGUGACUCUCUGUGUGAUCCUGCUGCCCAUGGCGAGUGGGAAGGAUCCUCCACGUGGGGGUUGCUUCAGUGAAUCGCGAACUGGACGAAUUGUGGGUGGAAGUGAUGCUGAACGCAGUGAAAUGCCCUUUAUAGUGAGUCUCACGCGACGUGGUGGACAUUUCUGUGGAGCAACGAUUCUCAGUGAAAAGUGGCUCGUGACUGCGGGUCACUGUUUGUGCAACAGCCUCAAUGACUUCAUGAAACCAUCGCAAAUUCGUGCUGUUUUGGGACUUCACCGAAUAUCUGAGUACAAGCUCACCAGAGACUCACAAAUGGAGCAGAAAGCAAAGGAAGUACUUCUGGAAUCUGUCACUAUCCAUCCGCAGUACAAUUGCCUGCGAGCAGCCAACGAUAUCGCUCUGUUGGAGAUGAAACCCAUUGAGUUCUCUGCCACAAUUCGACCAACUUGCAUCGCAAUGGACGAUGAGACUUUCGAUGGCACCCAGGCCAUGGUUUCGGGCUGGGGAUGGACUCAUGAGAAUCAGAGCAUUGGCCAGAGAGCAGACACUCUGCAGAAGGCCAGUGUCGAGGUCUGGACUAAUGCACAGUGCCAGGCUUCCUUCAGAGCUCACGAGAAGAGCAUCGGAAUUACAGAGAAUCAAUUGUGCGCGGGAAAAAUGGGCGGAGGUGUUGAUGCUUGUUGGGCUGAUUCCGGAGGUCCUUUAGUGUCCGCCGAAGGACUUUUGAUUGGCAUCGUGUCCACGGGAAUAGGCUGUGCACGCCCAGAAUUGCCUGGAAUUUACACCCGAGUCACCAAAUAUGCCAAAUGGAUCCAGCAAGUCAUUGGCACUUGAGCCAAGUGACCCUAGAAAGCUUUUGCAGCCCCUCCCAAAAACCCCAAAGACUGAAAAAAUAUAUUCCUUAAUGUAUAUCUUUAUUAAUACUUUUCUUCUGCGAAUCAAAUAUUAUGUCACUUAAAAAAAACAGCUUGACUUUCUCAGAAUUAAUACAAUUAUUUUGGAGACAAUUCUUGUUAAAUGUGCUUAAAGGUUACUUUUUGCCCUUGAGCAAUUUGACCAUUAUUAAAAAUUAUUGCUUGAUCUCUCUUUUUUUUCUCUUACUUUUCUUCAAACAAAAAUUUCCUAUACAAUUUGUCAGUCAUAUAGAUUCCAAAAAGUUCUUCUCCCUCAUCAAAAA